CUUAAUGACAAAAAAAAAUUAUCUUACCUUCAAAAUAGAGGAAUUCUUUAUGGCUAUAAAUGUGAAGAUUCUUUGACAACUAUUGCCAAAAAUAUUAAAUGCGAUAAAACCACUGUGUAUAAUAUUUUGAAACAGUAUGCUCAAAUAGGAUCUACUAUGCCAAAAAAACAUUCUAGUUCAAAAGCUAUAUUUAAUGAAUCUGCAUUAAAAGAACUUAGAAAAAUGCAUGAGUUAGGACUCAUAGUUCCUAUUCGUAGUACUAUAAAUGGUGAAGUUUAUACUAAACUUAUAAGAAGACAUGCUAUUUCUGCUAUACAUCAAUUAGUACCUAAUGGACAAGAUACACAAGAUAAUGUGUCUUCUCACAAAUAUUGGAAAACUAAGAAUGUUUUUAAAAAUGCUAAUAUUUUUGUAUUAAAAUGGCCUGCUCAAAGUCCAGACCUUAAUCUAAUAGAAAACCUUUGGCAAGAUGUUAAAACACAUUUACGUAGUUCUCCAGACUUACCUACAAGCAUUGAGGACUUGGAAAUUAAAGUUAAAGCUGCCUAG